GACGUAGUGUUUGUGUUCUUGUGACGUGACAGAAGACAUUUAUUAGUAUUCGUGUUAAAAGAAAUUAGCAAACUCGAAUUUAUGCUAAAUAGCUAAAUGAACUUGUACACUUCGAUGCAGUGGUGCUGACUGUCAAAGGAAAAAGUAAGAUUGAACUACUUUUCCACCUGCAAUUGAUAUAUUGUUAAUUGGAAAUCCUAUGCCUCCAUUUGUUAAUGUUUAAAGAAUGAUUUUAUAAAAAAGGGGAGUUAGAAUAUUCUUCUCGUGCCCUGUGAACGCCCUGAAAUACAAAGGAUAUCCUUAUAUGGAUGCCAGCAGGCGAGCCAAGCAGGCAGAGGCAGGCGCCAGCGCAGUCGGCGCCGCGGACCAGCCCGACGAGGAAGCUGCCCCUGCCGACGCCGACCCGCCGAGCAGCCCGCCCAGCACUGCGUCGCGCCACCCGCGCCCGCCUUCGCGCAGAUUCGAGGUCUGACCGCUGAUCCGUUCGCACCGCGGGGCGCUCGUAAUAGUCGUUACUCAAACACUCAGCUCCAGUGACAAUAGUGUUUUCUGCUAACUUACUGAUAAGUGCGUGUGAUGUAAAUACCCAGAAGAAAGUGAUACGCUGAACUCUGAUAGAUGCCCCGAUACGGAAAAGCUCGUUUUUGCUGCGUUAUCAACACUAAACACUGACGGAACAAUGGAGAGUGAAAACACUGAGAACAACUCGAACGAACCAUUGCCGUCGCCGUCGGAGCAGAUUACAAUGAUGGAACAACGCGUGGCUCAAUUGCAACAAGUGGUUCAAGAACAGCAAACACAGCUAGAUGAAAUGUACCAGAGGUUGGAAGAAGAAAGACAACGGCCACAAACUGCAUGUUCGUCGCGGUCG